AUGAGUGUUUUUAAGUCUGCGAUGGGGUAUUUUAGUUCUGGGGGUGCCAACGGUGGCAGUGAUAAUGAUUUUGUUGGCCAAUUUGUUGAAAUUGGUAACAUGAAAUUGAGAGUGAAGAAAGUUAUAGCAGAAGGUGGAUUUGCAUUUGUUUUUGUUGCUCAAGAUGUAUCCUCUGGUACAGAGUUUGCUCUUAAGAGAUUGAUGGCAGCUGAUGAACAAGCUAAUAAAAAUAUUAUACAAGAAAUAAGCAUAUUAAAAAAGUUAUCUGGCCAUCCUAAUAUAAUUAAAUAUAUAGCGGCUUCAUUCCUUGACAAAGCCAAAACCACCCAUGGAAUGGGUGAAUAUUUAUUAUUAACAGACCUCUGUAGUGGGGGUAGCUUGAUGGAGGCCUUGCAGAACAGGGGGCAGGCUUUCCCCCUCUCAACUAUACUGAGGGUAUUCUAUCAAACAUGCAAGGCUGUACAGCAUAUGCAUGCCCAAGUGCCUCCUAUAGCACAUAGAGAUCUUAAAUUAGAAAAUUUUCUUAUAUCCAAUGAAGGUACAAUAAAGUUAUGUGAUUUUGGAUCUGCGACAACUGAAGUGUAUUCCCCAAAUCCAUCGUGGAGUGCAAAUCAAAGAAAUAUGUUGGAAGAAAAUCUGGCCCAAUUUACAACACCAAUGUAUAGGGCACCAGAAAUGUUAGAUACUUGGGACAACCACAAGAUAGAUCAUGCCGUUGAUAUAUGGGCAUUAGGCUGUAUUUUGUAUACCUUGUGUUACAUGCAACAUCCAUUUGAAGAUUCAGCAAAGUUAGCCAUACUUAAUGGAAAUUUCAACCUUAAUCCAAAUGAUCAGCGCUACAAAUGUUUCCAUGAGAUAAUAAACGGCUGCCUGUGUGUCAACCCAGCUCAGCGGUUGACCGUCAGCGGUGUGCUGGAGAGGCUCGCUGCCGUCGCUGAGUCCAACAACAUCAACCUCAAGCAACCACUCAAAUUUGAGCGUAAAAAAGUUGAACAAUCCGUGGCCACUAGCUCGCCAGCUAAUAAUGGUACGCCGAAUGUACAAGAGCCAGCGGCCCCCCGGCCACCUGAGCCCGCACGUCCCCCGCCACCCGCGCGCCCCCCCGCCGCGCCCCACUACCACCCACCACAACAACAGACUCCCGCCUCGGGAGGACUCUUUUCCUCUAUCAAAGAUGGCGCCGGCAGUUUCUUGAAAAACCUAAAAGACACCUCGUCCAAAGUCAUGCAGACGGUCCAACAGUCCAUAGCUCGCGCCGAUUUGGACAUCAGCUACAUAACGAGUCGAGUGGUUGUAAUGUCUUACCCAUCGGAACUACUGGAGAGCGCGUAUAAAACGAAUCACAUAGAAGACGUUCGGAUAUACCUGGAGAGUCAUCAUCCGGGUGGUAAGUACUGCGUGUACAGUGUCCACGAGUCCCGGGCUCGUUUCCCUCGCCGGCAGCUAGUCACUGAUACAUCACUAUGGCCAAGAGAAGAAGACCGCGCGCCGCUCCUCGCGCCCUACUACGCGCUGCUACAACACAUGUACCAGUACUUAGGGAAGGACGAUAAGUCGGCCUUGGUUAUAGCCUGCCAGGACGGCAAGUCCAGGUCGUGUAUGCUUCUCUGCGGCCUCCUGAUGUACGCCAAGCUCGUCACUGUACCUGAGGACGCUCUACAGAUAUUCGCAGUGAAGCGGACCCCGAUCAACCUACCGCCCAGUCAGCUGAGAUAUCUCUACUACCUCAGUAACAUUGUUAGACCUGAACCAAUUCUUCCUCACUUCAGACCAGUAUCAUUGGUCUCUAUAACAAUUCAGCCUGUGCCACUUUUUACAAAAGCAAGGGACGGGUGCCGACCUUAUUUAGAAGUUUACAAUGAAGAUAGAUUAAUUUCUCCGCCGAUAAGAAAUUAUGAAAGUCUACAUUUGUAUAUGAUGGCAGAAGGAAAGGUGACGCUGCCCGUGGACAGCACGGUGUGUGGUGACGUCACGCUGGUGGUGCUCCACGCGCGUCACCAGCUCGGUCGUCUGCAGCGCGUACCCAUGAUGUCCGUCUCCUUCCACACCGGCUUCCUGGCCUACGACCAGCACGCCAUCAAGUUUACGAGAUCAGAAAUUGACGGCAUCGAUGAAGCUAGUCCUGUGAACGAUCACUUCUCCUCUAAUCUCACUGUGGUGAUAAGUCUGGUCGUACAGAACGGUGAGCGACGGAAACCGAGGAGUGACCUGUGGGAAGAAGAUCACUCCUAUCCCAUACGAACACCUAAUGUAUUGUUUUCGAGUAAUUUGGAGAGAGAUGAGACUAUUGAUAACUUUGCUAAUAUACGAAGAAACCCAACAGCUAUACCUCCGACAAUAUCAACGGACGUGCCUUCGUCUUCAAGGGAGCCUCCCCGUCCCCCGCGGCCCGCGCCCCCCCGCGCCGCGUCCCCCUCCCCCGCCGCCCCCAGCCGUCCCCCGCCGCCCUCUGUUACCGCGGACUUCCUCAACAUAGAGGAGAAACAGGCCUCGGCGAAAGCGACCCCUCAAAUGAAAAACGAAGACUCCUUCGACUUCUUCGGCAUGAUGGAAAAACCUAACGACGACUCAUUCGGAGAUUUUCUGAGCGGUCAAGUGUCAGAUAACACACAAUCUUUCCCGCCGCCGUCUCAGUCUAUAUUUUCGGACCUGCCCGCACCUAACAUCACCAACUCUAAUGUGAACUCGAGCGACCCUCUCAACUUCGAUCCUUUCGGCCUCAACGAGCCCAUACCAAAACAGGAACCGAUACUCGCCCCGACUGUCAAGGAAGACGCAAAGCCUCAGAAUUUACCGUCGGAGCAGGUGAAGCGUGAUCCGUUCGCGGAUCUUGGCAUGUUAGGCGCGGGUCUGGGCGGGUCUAGUACAGCUCCCACUCCUCAAGCAACGCCACUGGUGACCCCGUUAGUGACCCCAAUGGUAUCUCCGCGUGCCUCCCCCGCACACACUCCACACCACGCGCCGACCCCAGCCCGCUCGCCCGCACACCAACCGGAUUACAGCCGCACUCAUUUUGACGCCGCUAAACCCGCCGGACAAACGGAAGAAAAGGUUAAAAAGUCUGGUGAUGUGUUCGGUGAUUUAUUGGGGAGUCAGGGAUAUGACUUCGCGAAACGAGACCCGGGACCGAGGACCAUCAACGCCAUGAGGAAAGAGGAAAUGGUCAAAGUCAUGGACCCUGAUAAACUGAAAAUACACGAAUGGACGGAAGGCAAAAAGGCAAACAUCCGCGCUCUAUUGUGUUCAUUACACAGCGUGGUGUGGGCCGAGUGUCGCUGGACGCGUGUCGACAUGUCUCAGCUUGUGUCUCCGGCAGACGUUAAGAAACAUUACCGCAAGGCCUGCCUCGCCGUACAUCCUGAUAAACAAAUGGGUACAUCGAAUGAAAACUUAGCUAAAAUGAUAUUCAUGGAACUGAACAAUGCGUGGAGCGAUUUUGAAAAUGAUUCCAAACAACAGAACUUGUUCCAAUCUUAA